UCAGAUUUUCUAAUAUAUUAUUUUAAUUUCCACUUUGAUCAUAUGUGUUUGGUUUGUUCAUAAACUAAUCUCGACAAUCAUAACCUUAGACACAAAAGCAAGAAACCCUUAUACAAUAAAUCAUUCGCCAUCUCUAUUGAUUCAUCUAAACAAGAUCUUAUUUCGUAUUUACCAUUGAGCCAUUUUGUUUGAGAUGAGGCAAGCUGGUGCAUAUUCUGGGAUUUUAUCAGGAGGAGGGAUAUCAGGGCGAACUGGGCCCCAUUUGUUGCCAUUAGCAAGAAUCAAGAAGAUCAUGAAGAAAUCAAGUGUAGACGUGAAGAUGAUUUCAGGAGAGGCGCCACUUGUGUUUUCAAAAGCUUGUGAGCUUUUCAUCGAAGAAUUGACUAAAAGAUCUUGGAAUAUGACCAUUCAAGGAAAGAGAAGAACCCUACACAAAGAAGAUGUUGCAUCUGCGGUGAUGACCACUGAUGUGUUUGAUUUUCUUAUCGAUCUUGUUCAUCCUAAUGCUUCUGAUGAUGUCGAUUUGGAUGAAGAACAUGACCUUGAAAAGAAGCAAUAGAAGGUGAUCAUGACUCAGUUUGACUUGUGAUCAGGUGAUUAAUUAAGUCUUAAUUAUUAAUUACUUAAGAUAAAGCUCGUAAGUUUAUACUUCUAUAUGCUCAGUGAAUAACUAUAUAUAUUACGUAAAUGGAUGGGUGGUAUACGUUGCAUCCCCUUGUUUUGGUUUCUUGUAAAUGAAAUGUGUCGAUGUGACAUACUAUAAAAGAAAAGAGAGUUAUUUUC